CUCGUGCUGGUCGUUUGCAAAAGUAAAGAUAGUAGUUAUUUAUAGUUAAGUUGCAGGUAACUUUGUGGGUGUUGACCGGGGUGCAGUGGUUUUAGUUUAAAAUUCAGCAACGAACGUAGCGGUCCCGAGUUUCCAUUAAACACGCUCCCAAUUGCUACUUUCGUGCAGAAGAGGCAACAGCUUUUCAGCCACGGCUCUACUCAUGGGCUCUACCCGAUACUUUGCGAACCCUUUUCCGGACUACGGCGGGGGGCCGAUACAGCGAUGCGAUGACCACAUCAAGGGGCUAAUCCAGUCGUACGUGAAUCUGAUAGUGGAAAACACAAAACCCGACCGAAAUACGGAUCAGCGGGGUGACUUAUACGUGGGCGAUGCUGGUAUUGCCUAUAUGUUCCUGAAGCUCCACGAUGCCGGAAUAUUCGGCCAGGAAGCACUGCAGUAUGCCAAGCAGUACGUCGUGAACGCUAAAGCGCUUGCCGCGCGGUAUGCGGGUCGACCGGAAGAACGGUGCUCGUUUCUGUGUGGGAAUGCGGGUGUGUACGCGGUAUCUGCGGCCAUUGCACACCGACAUAGCGCCAAGCAGGAGAUGGACGAGGAUCUGCGCUGCUUCGCGACCGGCAUUGAAGUGUGCAAACGGCUCGAUUUCAACAAGAACGGCAGUGAUGAGAUAUUGUUCGGGCGUGCCGGGUACCUAUCCGGUAUCUACUGGCUGCACCAGACCAUCGACCGCAAACUCUUCCCGCCCGAGGUCAUCGGCGUCAUCUGCGCCAGCACGCUCGAGAGUGGCAAACGCCACCGUACCGGCCUUCUACCUCUCUACUAUCAGUGCUACGGGGACGACUACCUCGGGGCGGCCCACGGUACGUCCGCCAUCAUGCACAUGCUGCUCGAGUCCCCGUUGCAGCAGAACCUGAGCAGCGUCGAGAUGUCGCUGGUGAAAAACACCGUCGACGGUUUGCUCGGUCUGCAGGACGCCGAGGGCAACUUUCCGACUACGCUGCAGGACUGUGUGCGGCGUACGCGUGCCGAACCGCUCGUGCACUGGUGCCACGGAGCUGCCGGGGUGGUCUACCUAAUGGCCAAAGCAUAUCUGGUGUUUCAGGAGCAACGCUACCUGCAGUCGUGUGUCCGCAGUGCGGACCUGGUGUGGCGGAAGGGCCUGCUGCGGAAGGGACCGGGCAUCUGCCACGGUGUGGCCGGUAGCGGUUACGUGUUUCUGCUGCUCUAUCGACUCACCUCCGAUCCGAAGUAUCUGCACCGGGCGCUGAAAUUUAUGGAAUUUCUUACGCACGAGGAAUUCAUCCGGAACGCACGCAACCCGGACUGCCCGUUCAGCCUGUACGAGGGUUACGCCGGUACGGUGUGCUUCCUGAUCGAUCUGUUGCGCCCGGAGAAGGCCGCCUUCCCGUUCAUGGAUGUGUUUGAAAAGAAAUUCUAAUCCUCCUCAACCCUGUUGUAGCGCCAUAAUGUUUAGGAUCGGUAUUUUCUUCUAAUUGUGCGACGAUGUCGUGAGUUCGCGAUCACUGUAGUUUGCCCUCGAGUGAGGCCGAUUAGAUUAGUCAAUGUCCUUCCCGUAGAAGAAGGACAACAUCGUAGGAAAGAGCAUGACGGGGGAGGAAGCGAUUAUCGCGACCAAGACGAACGGAAACAAAUUAGAAACACUCGUAACGAGUCAUUAGAAUAUGUACUUACAAUAUUAAACACACACACACACAUGUAGCACAAGAGAUUUAGUGACGGGAACUGUCCCCGCCUCUGCAUAUUUAUUGAAACCGUUUUCAUUUUCCCCAUAAUAGGUGUUUCCUUUGCAAGGAAAAGAUUGUAAUGCACAUAAACGAAAUUAACGCAAACCCCGAAAAGACAUUAUUCUCGAAUCGGCCACCGUGUGGUUCGCUAUCGCUUCGAACGGACGGAUGCAAUCAACUGCCAUUACAUUAGUGCAGGUGGCGCGUAAUCGAAGGAUCGAAGAAGGAAUAAUAUAAUUAUUAGAGUAACUUAUAAAACGAUGUAAUAGCAAUGGGGAAAGGAAAACAAAAAUUGCAUCAGUAGAUACUCCCGUGGUACUGUGCACACAAAGACACGUUACAGUUGUGAUUCGUAAGUAAUUUCUCUUCUUAGUAUGUAAAAAAAAGGAUAUUUAAAAUCGAACUGCGCUUCUAAACAAUUCCCGAUCGAUGGCCCUGUUCGAACCGCGCGGGCUCAGGUUCCUGGGAGCAUGAAAUGUCUCAACAAAAACGAAAAAAGGCCACCUUAGAAUAGAUACAAUUCGGUUUUUCUAAAUCCGCUCAUGCUUCCCGUGGAACUUCCAAAAGUCUGUGUUUUUUUUAAAUUAACAUAACUUCUCAGUCAAACUUUUAUGAUGCCAACUAUCGACGACUGUCUACAACAACUUAGCUAAGUAGCAAGCGAAUAAGAAACGUGGGGCGCGGGAAUCUGAACGUGACUGUUUGUCCUGUUUGCUGUAAGUUUAAGUGAUUAAAAAUAAAUUAAGACAAAUGCUGUCUGGUGAAAUGGUGAAGUAUAUCUUUUUGGAUGAAAUAAAGUUAAUCAUAUGAAAUGUUCAUUCAAU